UUCUACAGCCUGCUAAUGUGGAGAAUUGAUUGUAAUUUACAGGAACUUGGAAAUACUGCUUUCCACAUUAAGCUCCGUGCUACUGGAGGAAACAAAACCAAGACUCCUGGACCUGGUGCUCAGUCUGCUUUGAGAGCCCUUGCUCGUUCAGGCAUGAAAAUUGGCCGUAUUGAGGACGUGACUCCCAUCCCAACAGACAGUACCCGCAGAAAGGGAGGAAGAAGGGGAAGGAGGCUGUGAAUUAUCUUGGUCAAAUACUGGUCAUAUUGUCUUAUUUCUAUGGCUUGAGUAGACUAGUUUGCUGUUAAAGCCUUUCCUUUUCAUUUUUGAAGUCGAACUUGUUGUAGUUUCGAAUU